AUGCGCUUUGAAGUUCUCCUGCAGUCAGCCGCUCUCAAGAACUUGCGACAGAAGCUUUCGCAAGUAUCUUUUUCUGCUGGUAUGUAUUUUCACCUUUCUUCCGAUUCCCUUGAAACACUCAUUAGUUUAACGGUACAAUGAAGCUCGAGCUUGGUCAACAAUCCAUAAUUUAAAUCAUUUACUUGUGCCACGUUCAGUAUUACGUCAAACAAGUGUUCGCUGACUAUGGGCAACCGCCAAUUCCAACGGACAAAGGCACCACUACCCUUCGACAAUCGCGAGACUGGAUUUUUUAAUCAUAACUAUAUAAACAUUUUCAAAUCUGAUUGGCUAUUGGCCCUGAUUGCCGCAUUUAAUAGGGCAAUGCAAUAGGACAGUACGCGUCAUUCCUAAGUAACCGAACAAUACGCGCCGAUCUGCGCGCGCACUUGAACGCUUUUCUUUGUUAGUUAGUUUGUUUUUUCACUUCUUCCAAAAUACUCUCAGAAUAUCUUUACUGGAUUCAAUUUAAAAAAUUAAAAUAUUACAAAUUUUGUUAUAGUUAAGAUACAUGGUUAACUGACCCUUUGUGUUGCCCAAUAGGAUACAUCACUGUUUACAAACAUUGUUGUUAUUAUUCAAAUUCAUAACCAGUGAAACAAAAAGAUCUUUUGUUAUAACAACCAGUAUUGGUUGGCACAUUAAUAUCAAUAAGUGAGGUCAGCGUGAGUAUCAAUAAUCGCUCCGUAAUCAUAACAUCUUUAUCAAAAGAUCAGGCCCCAGUUGUUCAAAAAGAAAUAGCGCUAUCCACCGGAUAAAUCGCUAUCGAGUGGAUAGUGCAAUUGGUUUCCCUAAUAUUUAUCCACUAGAUAGUGAUUUAUCCGGUGGAUAACGCUAUCCAGCGUUUGAACAACCCGGGCCUGAAAAAAAAAAAGGAAAACAAACCUGGUGGACUCGUGGAUAACCUAAUUAUAAUCGAUGAAGCUCUCCUUUGGGACUAGGGAAUAUCACAAAAAAUAGAUUUUCCACACUUGAUAUCAUGUAAAGCUGCAGCGUCCAUUUCUUUAGUACUGGCAAUUUAACGCGUGCAUAAACCAGAAUCCGGGAAGUUUUUGCUUGUUGAAUCCCAAAUCCAGGGAUUUGGAAUCCAGUGAUCAACUCAGGAAUCCGGAAUCCACAAUAUAGAUUCCAUCAUCCAAAACUGCCUUCAUACUGGAUAAACAAUCUCGUCGUUGCCUCUACAGGUUUUUCAUCUCACUUCACUCUGGCACAUUUGUUCGUAUCUUCUGCUUUCUACUUAUCUUUGUUACUGGCUUUAGCUGUCUGUGCUUUUCUUGUCCGAAUUAUUGGAGCCACACCCCAACCGCAACCAAUAUCAAGAGAAAAACCAAAACCCGUCAAGUAAGUAAGGGCACAAUUUCAUCAUCUAAUAUAUUGUAUAUCAGAAAAUAUCCUGAUUUAUGAAACGAAGUGAUAACAGUGAAAAAAGACUUCUCUGUCUGUUUUUUUUUUCCUCUUUCGAUUCUUCUCUUUCUCUCAACUUUUACCUUUUUUAAAAGAGUUUUUUUCAGGCCCCCAAUUAAACCUAAUUAUUUGAAAAUCUGAAUGAGUCACUGUGCUUAUAUGGCCAACCUUGAAAUAAUUAACUCUCAGUACUACGAUAAACUGCAACUUCUUUCUUUUCUUUAAUCUCAACAAUUAAGUUAAUCAAGUCCAUCAAUAUCUCUUUUUCACAGAUCUUCACCAUCGCAAAAAACAUCACUCAGGACGAUCAUCGAUCGCGAUGUUUUUCAAAAGCAACUCAAAAAUAAAAGUGACAUUCCAUCAGAAUUUCUAGACAAGGAAAAGCCCAAUUUAAGUUUGACAAAAUCCACAGUGGAACAACCACUCUGUGGUACAGCCACACCCAGACUACAUGUGGACAUACCGUCCACAGAGACACAAAAACAAAGAAAUUCGAUGAUAUCGCCUUUGACAAUGUUUCUUUUGGAAGAUUCUCACAAGCAUCACAAAAGCAUCAGGGAAACCACAUGGAGAAAGAGAGAGAACGAAAACAAAGAAGAAGAACAUAAUUGUAAAACCCGAAAGCUUGAUUAA